GCUAAAGCACAUGCGAGUGUAUACCAGACGUAAUGCAAUUGGUAUUACAUUAAUGGAGAGGGGUUAAUGUUGUACACACCAUGGGACAGUAGUUAAGUGUGAUAAGUAACGUCAGAAAGUUCAAAUAAUUCUUGUAGGUAUAACUGCGUUUGUUGGACAUUUUGUGAUAUUUUUAUCAUAAAUUUACGCCUCAGUGAUCACAAAAUGAGUUUAAAGGGCCAGUGGUUGUAAAAAAAAAUUGUCUGUGUGUGUUUCAAUAAGCCAAUGGUUGAAUUUCAUUGUUGAUGACAUACAAGAAAAAAUUCAUUAAGAUUUCCUAGAAUUAGUAGAAUAAAGUUUUGAAGUGUAGAAUUUUUGGCCACUGCAAACAGAGUCUAGCACCCAGAAAAUAUUCAUUCGCAAAAUUAAAAUGUUGUCAUUCGAUACUCACAACACGUAUCUCUCUGAACUAUUUAUAUCAGCAAUAAUGCUACUCAAGUUGGAUUAGCAUUCCAGUUAGAUUAGCAUUCCAGGCAUUUAAAAUCAGUGAACCGGGCCAAACCCAAACGUCCAAAAUUUAGCUCUUUUUUCUAGAUGAUAAGAAUAGUAUGACUCAGAUAAUAUUGCAAGAUCGAGUGAAAGAGAGCUGUAAGUGGAUUUAAACAACCAGGAGAAAUAGACAAUAGUUAUAAUUUAUAAGUUACAAAACACGUGUCAUGUGUGACGUUAAUGAACCUCAAUGUGCCUUGGUCAACAACAAGAACCCUCGCUGGAAUAUGUCAACAGUGGGUGGAAAUCCUGAUGAUGAUGAUGAUGAUGAUGAUUAUCAUAAAAAUCAAUUCAGCACAACAUUGAUUGCUAAUGAUGGAGUUAAACCAGCAAGAUCCAACAAAUAUUUAAAAGUAAAAGAGGUUGUUACUGGCGAUGAAAACGGUGAAUGGGACGACGUGGAUACAGAGUCUGUAACAGAAUGUUCAGAGACGUCCGUCGACCUUACCCUGAAAACUGCUGUAACAGUGUGCAACUGUAUAAUGAUUGUAUUAUCUGUGAGUCUAAUAGCUGGAAUAGGUGUUCUGUUUGUGGGCAUCUUAGAUGAAUUCCAAACAACAAGAGCUGAAGCUUCACCUAUUAUGUCAGUGUUAACUGGAAUUCUAUUCGCAGGAGGUGGUAUCGUUGGACCUUUAAUGAAUCGGUUUAAUGGAGGCUACCUAUGUAUGAUUGGUGGUGUGUUAGCUUUCCUUGGAUGUUUAAUCAGUUUUUUCUCUCCCUCUGUGCCCGUUUUAAUUAUUGGUUGUGGAGUUAUAUCAGGUCUUGGUCUGACAGCUCCAUUUCUUGUAACCUUUGUUACCACUGGCGAAAUCUUCAGUACCCGCCGUGUUACAAUGUUAACAAUUGUAGGUUUGUGUUACGGUAUAUCUGGGAUUAUCUUUCCUUAUGUGACGUCAAAGCUUAUGGAUAUAUUUGGUUGGAGAGGGGUGUUCUUAAUCUAUGGUGGUGCUUUACUCAACUGUGUUCCAAUCGGUUACUUAAACGCCAUUGUUAAACGUCAACUGAAGAAGACAAAGGAGACCAAAAUCGAGGACUUCUUGACAUUUCGCUGUUCCGGAAACCCAUGUUCCUUGUCUUGGCGUCCUCCAAUUUCAUUUCAACAAUAUUUUUACCAACCGUAAUUUUUUUCUUUGUUGACAUGAUCCGAGAAAAGGGGCUUGAUGUGGAUACGGGUUCGACCCUUUUGUCUAUAAAUGGAUUUUCAAAUGUUGUCGGAAGGAUCAUUGUUAUUACCUUGUCAGUGGCCUUGAAGGUGGACCUCGUAAUACAAUAUACUUUAUAUUUAGCUAUAGCUUCCAUAACUGCAACUGGAUUUGUUUUUGCUGUUACCUACUCUGAGCUGUUGGUACCUUCAAUUAUAUUUGGUCUGUUUUGGGGAAUGACGGGUUUGUCCUAUCCGUCCAUGCUGCUAGAAUUGUCUGGACCAAAAAGAUAUGCAUCUGCUUUUGGCUAUUGUAACUUUCUAGGAGGAAUAGCUGAACUAUGUGGUGGUCCAUUAGCAGGUAUGAUAAAGGAUGAAACUGGGUCGUAUGAUGUUGUGUAUUAUAUCACUACAGGAAUGGGACUUCUAGCUAGCUCUAUUGUUGCCUGUAUGUUCAUUAUCAAACAUUGUCAAAAACAGAAAUCCUCACAUACAACUACAGAAACUGAAGUUAGAGAUAAAGUACGUGGCAGAGUUAAAGAUACUUUAUCAAGAACAAUUCACAUACACUCCAACUCUAGUUUAAAUAUACACAGUAUAUGAUAUAUGAAUUAAAAGGAUAAAGAACGUGUAUAAUUUUAAAAAUAAAUGGGUCUUGUGAAAAUAAUAAAAUACUGUUGUGCUAUGGUACUUUAAGCAGUUAUCUCCUAAAGCUUAGACAGUCAUAUCUUAGACAUCCAUAGCGCAGACAGUGAGGUAAAGGAAAUGAAAUGAAAUGGGGUUUAACGUCCUACUGGUCUGCUCCGACUAGCCUAAGACGGGCACAUGCCAUACAGCGGCACUACGGCCUACUAUUAUAUUGAAUUCUAACUGCCAAGGAAUCUUUUACGUGCACGACAAUGUGUACGCGGAACCUUGUUUUUCCGUCCCUUCCGAACGAUUAGACAGCUGUCUUUGUAAGGCCCUCUAUCUUGCAUCACUGACAAGGUGAACAACGCCAGAAAAUCCUGAGGAACUCUCUCGGCCAACACUGCGAGCGAACCCGCGACCUCCAGACUAGUGAGCCAGUGUCUUACUCACUGAGUCACCAUUGCUCCCGAUAGUGAAGUAGGGGAUUAAUUAACACAAUCCUCAUAGUUAUAAUGGAACAUUCCUAAUUAGUGUACUCCACUCAGGUAAUCACGGGAUGUUUUCAUUGGAAAACCUUUGAAGUUAUGACUGCCCCCAUUGAGAAAUUGAGGUUUAACGUCGGCUCGACACAAACUUAUUCAUUUUAGGACUAACACAUGGUUCAAUUGUAUUCCAAUAAUUUGCUUGCGCGUAGGGGCCUUUCGCAGUGGGAGGAAACCGGAGGACCAGGAGAAAACCCACGAG